AUGGAGCGCAAGACCAUUGACUUUGACCAAGGAUGGGAAUAUAUACAUAGUGGUAUCACUAAGAAGAAUCGCUAUUUGGAAGGACUUGGGCCGGCACCUGGCCCUGAGGAAUAUAUGGAGCUUUACACGACUGUCUACAACAUGUCACCCAGAAACCUCCUCAUGAUUACGCACGGCAGAUUUAUGACAAGUAUAGUGAAGCAGCUGAGGAAUAUGAACUUCAUUUGUCGGAGAUCACUCCCAACAGUGGAAGAAGUUGGCCUUACAUGCUUUAGUGACCUGGUCUAUAACAAUCUGCAACGCAAGGUCAAAGAAGCUGUGAUAACACUAGUUGAUAGAGAGCGAGACGGAGAGGAUAUUGAUAGGGAGCUGGUGAAAAGCGUAGUUGAGUUUUACGUGGAGAUUGGAAUGGGAAAGAUGGAAAGAUACGAACAAGAUUUCGAGAGGUUCUUGCUUGAAGAAUGUCUAAAGAAGGAGAAGGAGAGAGUGACUCAUUACCUUCCCUCAAGCAGUGUUCCAAAGUUGGUUAAGAAAGUUGAACAUGAUCUGUUAGUGAAGUAUGCAAAUCAGCUUCAGCUUCUACAGCAAUCAGAGUUUUGUGAAAUGGCGCGAGGCUUGGAACAUAUUGAAAACAUAUUCAAGAAAUAUGUCACAGAUGCAGAGCGUACCGACCUGCUCUCUCGCGACCCCGAGCCAACAUGUUUUGAUUGA